GAACGACCGGAGACGAGGGAGAGUCAACCUUGGUUUCAGCGUCCCAAGACAAGACAGUCGUCCCGAAGUACCCUCGAGUCAACAUGGCACGCACACUGUUCGUUCUCGCCGCACUUGUGGCCGUGGCUGCAAUGGUCUACGCUGAGGAAGAGAAGAAGGAAGACGUAGAAGGCCGCAUUGGCUUCGGCGGUGGCUAUGGCCAAUCAGCCGGCGGCAACCAAUACGGCUUCAACCGCGGACAAUCGGGCUACAACCAGGGCAGCGGAGGCUUCGACAGCGCCAACCGUUACAACAACGUGCAGGGCUUCAGGAACCGUGACGGCUACCGCACCAACCAGGGCUACGACCGCAACUCCUUCAACCGCUACGGAUCUGGUGGUGGAGGCUUCAACUCUGGCUUCAACCGCGGUGCUGGCGGCUCCUACAACCAGCACGGGUCUCAGGGAGGAGGCUAUCUCGGUUGAGCGACAAGAAUUACUUGACAAGAAGCAACAAGAACUGCCAAAAAGAAAGCUUACUUCCGUGACUUCACCCCAGGGACCUGUCUUGAGUCGUCUACACUGUGAAAACAUUCUAGCAAAGCAAAAUCAGUCUCAGCAUCGAGAGAAGCACUGCUCACUGUAAAUACAGUUGAGAAAAGUGAAAUAAACCUGUUAAUUUAUUUUUUAUA